UCGUGGCUAAGAGUGACGUGGUCAAUCGAAUCCAAACAGAGGGCGGGGCGGAGGCCGGCGGGGCUGAAGCACCAGCGGCCGCCGCGUCGGGAGGCCGGAGCUGCCGCAGCGUCCCGGAAGCCUCAGGCGGUCUCGCAACCGCGACUGGGUUUCUGCUCCCACCCUCCCCGCCCCGUCGGUUGUGGUCUGGGCGGAUUUAAACAGUCAAGUAAAAUCAAGCUGGGUAAUCAUGGCAGAAGGUGGAUUCGAUCCCUGUGAAUGUGUUUGCUCUCAUGAACAUGCAAUGAGAAGGCUGAUCAAUCUGUUACGGCAAUCCCAGUCCUACUGCACAGACACAGAAUGUCUUCAGGAAUUACCAGGACCUUCUGGUGACAAUGGCAUCAGUGUUACUAUGAUCCUGAUGGCCUGGAUGGUUAUUGCAGUGAUCUUGUUCUUACUGAGACCACCUAAUCUAAGAGGAUCCAACCUACCUGGCAAGCCAACUAGUCCACAUAAUGGACAAGAUCCACCAGCUCCUCCUGUGGACUAAUUUUGUGAUAUGGGAAGCAAAACAAUUUGCACGACCAAAUGAACAAGACCACCAGAGUACUCUUAACCCCAUUAGAACUGUUUUUCCUUUUGCACCUGCAAUUUGGGAUGGUAUUGUUUUCAUGAGCUUCUAGAAACUUUACUUGCAAACUUUUGCUUCCUGUGUUAUCACCAUUCCUAUUUACAGUAUAUUUGAGUAAAUAAUUAUAUUAAAAAAAAGUUACAUGGGGCUUUUUUGGUUGUCCUAAAUUUAAAUAUUCCAUUCAUUCUGUUUGUAAUUGUGAUUGUAAUUUUUGUGGUGAUUUUUGACAUAAUUGAAGGAAAUUUGAGAUUUCACAUUUACUAUUUAGAGAGUUUUGAUAGGUUUACUUUUUUUUUCAGAAGGCAUUUAUAAAGUCAUGUUAUUUGGGAUUAUGGAAGACAAUUAGAACCACAUUGCAUUUGCAUUUGCCUUGGUAGGUGAUUUGUGGGUGGCAACUCUUGGAGCAUUUUACAAGCUCCAGCUGAAAUCUGGGUCACUCAUUAUGGCUGACUUAAGUGGCUAGAAUAGGGAAGUAAAAUGGUUGUUUACUAAUUUUCUACUCCUAAUAAAAAUGUCUGAUGUUCAGAAUAAGCAAACAUGAUUUCAUCAAUGUGGUGGUUGACUUACAGUCCGUUAUAUGAUGCUUGGAAGCCACUAGAGACUAACCUUAUAAGGUUCCUGAAAUGAGGACAAAUUCACUCUUUUUGCCUUGGCCAGGUAUAAUCUAUCCAGUAAUAAUUUAAGCAAUCAUUUAUUUUUUAAAUGUACCUCUCAGGAAGCUCUGUUCUAACACUUCUUUCUUUAGAAUGAAACCAUUUUACAUCUAUAUUGGAAACUGCUGAGUUACUUACAUUUAAAUGCCUUGUUGUUCACAUUAUUUGAAGAAAAAUUUUGAGGCUUCUGUUAUGUUAAAAAAAAUGAACUAUUGGUUUAUUCCAAGGGACCCAUGAGAAACAAUCAGAAAUCUUUUUCUGUCACCCUUCAUUUCUUUUGGGUAAUGGGGAUGUACCAGGGUGGGAAGCAACACUGAUAUAAGAGAAAUCUUGAUAUGUAUAAAAAAGGAACAGAUUGCAUUAUUUUGCUCAGUUCAAAACUACAGAAUUUUUUCUCUAGCAAGUAACCAGAGAGUAUUUAUGGGGGGCUAGAACAUUCUUUGCUGCCAACAUAAGGAUUUUCUGCCCAGGCAGUCUAGGCUUUUAAUAUGUAGAUCUGCAAAAUUAUUUGUGUGAAUUAAAUAAACCUUAUAUCACUGUACUGUU